AUGCCACCCUUGAGAGUUGACUUUGGUGGGAUUGCGAUUGAAUAGUUGCCGCUUUUGAGGUUAUCUUGUCUCAUAACAUCGCAUUUUUCUUUUAACGGUCGUUUUAUUACAAAUUACUUUUCUUUUUCUGUUUUGUAUACAGUGAACAAAGUACAAAAACAAAAUGGACAUUAACGACGAAAACCUACGAAUUUUGAGCCAGUAUUUACAACAAACAUUGAACCCAGAUACAAAUAUUCGUCGACCCGCCGAAAAAUUCCUUGAAGGAGUCGAAGUAAACCAGAAUUAUCCCCUGCUGCUUCUCAAUUUAAUUCACAGAAAUGAAGUUGAAAUGACAAUACGAAUAGCGGGUGCUAUCGCUUUUAAAAAUUACAUCAAGCGAAAUUGGAAAGUUGAAGAGGAUCAUGAGGAUCGCAUCCACGAGAGUGAUAGAACAGCCAUUAAAAAUCUCAUUGUUACUUUGAUGUUAAGUUCUCCAGAAGCAAUACAAAAACAAUUGAGCGAUGCAAUUAGCAUUAUAGGCAAAACAGAUUUUCCUAUGAAGUGGCCGGAGCUCAUCACACAAAUGGUUGAAAAAUUUGCAACAGGCGAUUUUCAUGUUAUUAAUGGCGUUUUACAAACGGCACAUUCAUUAUUUAAAAAGUACAGAUAUGAGUUUAAGUCUAAUGAAUUAUGGCUGGAGAUUAAGUAUGUUUUAGAAAAACUAGCUAAACCAUUGACAGAUCUACUUGUUGCAACUAUGAGUUUAGCUCAAACACACGAGAAUGACGUGAAUGCUUUAAAAAUCAUUUACCAUUCCCUGGUACUGAUUUGCAAAGUUUUUUACUCAUUAAAUUACCAAGAUUUGCCAGAGUUUUUUGAAGAUAAUAUGGCUUCUUGGAUGUCUAAUUUCCAUUUAUUGUUGGUUAAUGACGUUAAAGUUCUGCAAAAUGAGAGUCAAGAUGAGACAAGUGUAAUAGAACAGCUCAAGUCGCAAGUUUGCGACAAUAUAGCACUUUAUGCGCAAAAAUAUGAUGAAGAAUUUCAACCUUACCUACCCCAGUUUGUCACAGAUGUGUGGAAUCUUCUGGUUGUUACAGGUCUUCAACCAAAAUACGAUUUGUUGGUUUCGAAUGCUCUACAGUUUUUAUCAUCUGUUGCUGAAAGGUCACAUUAUCGAAACCUUUUUGAAGACAAUACUGUAUUAAGUGGGAUAUGUGAAAAAGUCAUUAUUCCUAAUAUGGAAUUUAGAGUGUCAGAUGAAGAGCUAUUUGAAGAUAAUCCAGAGGAGUAUAUCCGCCGAGACAUUGAAGGAUCUGAUGUCGAUACACGUAGAAGAGCAGCGUGUGACUUAGUCAACACUCUGAGUCAAAAUUUUGAAAAAAGAAUUAUCGAAAUAUUUGGUCAAUAUUUACAGAUUAUGUUGUCGAAAUAUAACGAAAAUCCGAAAACCAAUUGGCGUAGCAAAGAUGCCGCUAUGUAUUUAGUAACAUCUCUGGUGAGCAGAGGAGCCACGCAGAAACAUGGAGUAACUCAGACAAGUCAGUUAGUCUCCAUUCCACAGUUUUUCCAAGAACACGUAUUGCCUGAACUUAAGAGGACCAAUGUGGACGAACUUCCUGUACUCAAAGCAGACGCUAUAAAGUAUUUAUUAACAUUUAGAUCGGUUUUACCUAGCGAGUUGGUCAUUGGAACUAUACCUCUGUUAGUUCAACAUCUCACUAGCGAGAGCGCCGUUAUACAUACUUAUGCGGCAUGCACCAUAGAAAAAGUCUUAAUAAUGAAGAAUAAUACUAACCAGAAUAUUUUAACUGGUACCACUUUACAACCCUUGUCUGAACAACUACUUGGAAAUCUGUUUGCACUUUUGGAUAAGCCGGUAUCAGAAGAAAACGAAUAUGUGAUGAAAACUAUUAUGCGAACGUUUUCAACCCUACAAGCACGUGUUAUACCUUACUUACAAACGGCUUUGCCUAAACUCACACAAAAGUUGCAACUUGUAGCAAGGAAUCCAUCCAAACCACAUUUUAACCAUUACCUGUUUGAAGCAAUUUCAUUGGCUGUCAAGAUCGUCUGUACCACGAACGCCUCAGCUGUCACCUCCUUUGAAGAUAUUUUGUUUCCUAUUUUUCAAGGAAUAUUGCAGCAGGAUAUCCAAGAAUUUAUUCCAUACGUGUUUCAAAUUUUGUCACUUUUGAUGGAAUACACCCCCAUUGGUAACAUGUCUGAUGCGUACAUUCAGCUUUUACCGUGUCUUUUGGCGCCCAUUUUAUGGGAUCGUCCAGCGAAUAUUAGUCCGUUGGUUCGGUUACUUUCAGCUUUUACCAUACACGCUGCUCCCCAGAUCGUCAGUCAGAAUAAGUUGGAAGGGUUUUUAGGCAUCUUUCAAAAACUAAUAGCUUCAAAAACAAACGACCAUGAAGGCUUUCAUUUGUUACAAAGUAUGAUUCAAUAUAUGCCUGUGGAGGCGCUGGCCCCUUACCACAAGCAAAUAUUUUUCUUACUUUUUAAAAGACUGUCCUCUAGCAAGACUACCAAAUAUGUGAUCAACAUUAUCGUAUUUUUCUGCCUAUACGCUGUAAAGUAUUCAGCCAAUGAACUAGUUACAGUCAUAGAUGAAACGCAAGCGCAAAUGUUCGGCAUGGUUUUAGAAAGACUGUUGAUUUCCGAAUUACAAAAGGUCUCGGGAAAUGUCGAACGAAAAAUUGUAGCUUGCGGUGUCACGAAGAUGCUGUGCGAAUGUCCCGAAUUGUACAGUGGAAAAUACCAAAACUAUUGGCCUCAGCUGUUACAAGCUUUAUUAAUGUUUUUUGAGAUGCCUUUAGAUGAAAGUACACUUCCAGAAGAUCAUUUUAUCGAGAUAGACGACACUCCAACGUACCAAACGUCCAGCGCAAAGUUGAAUUUUGCUAAUAAUACUAAACCAGAUCCUUUACAAGGCGUAGGAGAACCGAGACAGUUUCUUGUGCAAAAUUUAGCCACUCUUGGUGGUAGUCAACCUGGAAAGUUGCCCGCUUUAGUAGGAAAUAUUAGCCAGCAGGCUCAGACAAUUCUGCAACAGUAUCUCGCAAAGUUUGGAGUACAGCUCGCAUGAUCUGAUUGUUUUUGUGUUGUAUUAUUUUAAAUUGUAAGCCAUUUUGAUAAAAUAAAGUUUAAAAUUACGAUCUC